AUGUUUACGUUGUUUAUCAUCCAUCACAAUUGUAAAGAUAAUGAUAUAAUCUUCCAUGAUGACUUUAGUAAUGCAAAUAAAUUAAAUGAUAGUAAUUGGUUUGUUUGUCGUCAAAAUGAUCAAGCAUAUCCAAACAAUGAAAUCUACUAUAGAUCUAAAAAUGUCCUAGUGGAAAAUAACACAUUGACACUAUUGGUAAAAAGCGAUAUCAAUGAUUUUACCUCGGCACAAAUAUCACCAAAACAAUUGUUUAAAUUUGGAAAUUUGAAAAUUAGAUUACGUGUACCACAACACCGAUACCCGGGUGUUGUGACGGAAAUUAUUUUGCUAAACACAAACAACCAUGGUCAUAUCUAUGGACGCAUUGAUCUACUAUACGAUGACAAUGGUUCGCAUAAAUUCAAUCAAGGAUUACACUAUUGGGUGGGAAAUGAAUUUAGAUUUAAUGGCCUCGAAGUCAACAAAACUGCCGAUUUUGGCAACAAUUUUCAUGACUUUGAACUUAGUUGGAGUCCCGGGGCUAUCAGUUUCUAUAUGAAUGGCCACAGUGUUGGUAGAUAUAAAUUAUGUCAACAAUUUUUGGCCGACAAUUAUAAUAGGGAAUCGGAACCGUUUAGUCAGCCAUUCCGGCUAAUUAUCCGCACAAAUUCUAUUAUCAAAAAUCAUCAAGUCAAUUAUCAAUGGAUCAUUCAGAAAAUCAAUAUGAUGAACCUGUACUACAACAACAAUAUGAUGAUAUUGUUGUCCAGUAUAAUCGAUGAAUUUGAUGGAAAAUAUCUCGAUAAAAACAAAUGGGAAAUAUGGGUUGGCAAUUAUAAUCAUCUAGGUCUAUUUUCCGGUCAAACCAGUGUUUUCAAUGAAAGUGAUAAAAACAUACAACUAUUCUAUGGAAAGCUGGCACUGACUGCAGUGGAAAUGUCGGCAAACGACUAUACGAGUGCUUUGAUUGUAUCGAAAGAUUAUUUAAGUUCAGAUAUUAUUGAGACCCGACUGGCCAUACCUGACGCAGUAGGUCAUCCGACUAUGAAAUGCGUCACACAAAAUUUGAACAUGGCAAAUUUGGCCAAUUUUAAUAUACAUACAAUCAUCUAUGAAACACAAUACUAUAGAUUUAUGUUUAAUAAGGAGGAAACAAAAAAACUAGAUCAAUUGACCAAGUGCAAAUAUCAAUUGGGAAUAGGACUUAUUGUUGAUGAAGAUAUACAUAGUAUAGAUCAAAAUGAGCAUGGUACUAAUAUGAAACUUAGUAGAAAUAUUAAUAGAUUUACUAUUACUAACAACACAAACAAAUGUAAUUGGUUUCUGAAUAUAAGCCACUAUCUGGAGGAACGGGUUAUGCCAACAACCCAUAACUAUUUGAAUGAAACGAUAACACAUUCUAUUAUUGAUAAUGUAAUGGACGGUUGGCAUCCGUGGAUAGUAGUUGUACUCAAAAAUAACAAACAUCAUUGCACCGGUAGUAUAAUUGAUGCUAACUGGGUGAUCACUGCUGCACAUUGUUUCAAUAAUAAUAAAAAUAUACAAUUGUUUCGCAUACGUGCCGGUUCGGUAACACGUCUGGACGGAAACGACUAUCAGGUGUCCGAAGUGGUGACACACCCGAGAUUUGACGCUUGCGGCCACAAGAGCUCGGAUAUUGCGCUGAUAAAAAUUGUCGGAACCAUCGAUAUGGGACCCACUGUCAGGCCUAUUGUGUUGCCAACAACAAUGAUGGAUGAGCCGAAGCCGUCAAAUAAUUAUCUGAUUGUUGCCGGUUGGGGUAAAACAGCGUUUAAUAUGUCCAAUACUGUCGAUCUUAAGAAACAGUUUAGGCUUUCUAUAAUACCCAGUCAUGUGUGCGCUAAUGCCUACAAUAGAGUCGAUGGUGUAGUCCAUUGGAUAUUUAGGUCACAGUUAUGCACUUGGAAUCAUCAACAAACAGUUUGCGAAGGUUACUCAGGUGGACCAGCUAUUCAAUAUAUAGAUAAUGAACCUGUAUUAAUUGGUACAGUGUCCUAUGGAGUUCAAUGUAGUGAUGGCUAUCCCGUGGUUUUUAGCAAAAUAUCAUAUUUUAUCGAUUGGAUUAAUAAGACUAUGAAUGAAAGCACAUUAUCAGAUAAUAUUCAAAAUAAAUUAACAAUAAAUAUUGAAAAAACUGAUGAUCACAUUUGCAAUAAUUGUGAGAAAAUAGUGAAUCCAAACUAUAGACAAGGAAAUUUGACAAUUACCCAGGCUGUAAAAAAGGAGGUCAAAGAGGGUGUACAUCCCUGGUUGGUAGUCAUACUUAAAAACGGUAGACAACAUUGCACCGGUAGUAUAGUGAAUAAACAUUGGAUAGUUAGUGCAGCAUGUUGUUUUGUUGAGGCCACACCUAAAAACUAUACCAUACGGAGCGGUUCGUUAAGCCGAUUGGAUGGCAACGAGUAUCAUAUUGUUAAAGUAGUAGCACAUAACCAGUUUAACUAUACGGGUGAUAAACAGUCGGACAUAGCGCUUCUCAAAAUCAAUGGCCAGAUAGAUAUGGGUGCAGACACACAGUCAAUUGAAUUUCCGUCAAUUGAGUUUGAAGAGCCCAGGAGUGAGCUAUUGAUUACUGCCGGUUGGGGCCGAGUAUCGUAUAACUCGAACCUUACGCUUGAAUUGGCCGCCGAGUAUUGGUUGACCAGAAUAUCAAUGAUAGAGUGCGCCAACAAAUACGGGGAAAUAGGUGUAACCGGACAUAGACUCUAUAAUUCCCAGUUUUGUUCGUGGAAUUUCAAUCAAAAUAUUUGCUUGGGUAACUCAGGUGGACCAGCUAUUGAGUAUAGACAAGGUAAACCAGUGCUAAUAGGCUUAGUAUCGUAUGGUGUUAAAUGUUUAGAUACCUAUCCAAUUGUUUUUACUAAGAUAUCGUGUUAUUUAAUUAAGUUUAUUUUGUGA